AUGGCUCGUGGCCCCGCUCGGACCAGCCUGCGACCCGGGUCCCAACAGCUGCCGCUUCUGUCGCUGCUGCUGCUGCUGCUGCUCCGGGACGCGGACGGCAGCCACACGGCCGCCGCUCGGCCUGCCCCGCCCGCGGCCGCCGACGGCCUUGCCGGGGACAAGAACCCCCAGCGGUCUCCAGGAGACGUGGUCGCUGCUCAGAACCCAGGCGCCCAGGACAUGGUCGCUGUCCACAUGCUCCGGCUUUAUGAGAAAUACAGCCGAAGGGGCGCGAGGCCGGGAGGGGGCAACACGGUCCGCAGUUUCCGUGCCCGGCUGGAAGUGGUCAACCAGAAGGCCGUGUAUUUCUUCAACCUGACUUCCAUGCAAGAUUCAGAAAUGAUCCUGACGGCCACAUUCCACUUCUACUCAGAGCCACGGUGGCCCCCGGCGCGUGAAGUACCCUGCAAACAGCGGGCCAAGAAUGCAUCCUGCCGCCUGCUGCCCCCUGGCCCACCCGCACGCCAGCACUUGCUCUUCCGCAGCCUCUCGCAGAACACGGCCACUCAGGGGCUGCUCCGUGGGGCCAUGGCCCUGCCACCCCCGCCGCGAGGCCUGUGGCAGGCCAAGGACAUCUCCCUCAUUGUCAAGGCGGCCCGCCGGGAUGGCGAGCUGCUCCUGUCUGCUCAGCUGGAUUCUGGGGAGAAGGACAUGGGGGUACCCAGGCUCGGCCCUCACGCGCCCUACAUUCUUAUCUAUGCCAAUGACCUGGCCAUCUCAGAGCCCAACAGCGUGGCGGUGACACUGCAGAGAUACGACCCCUUCCAGGCUGGGGACCCCGAGCCUGGUGCAGCCCCCAACAGCUCAGCAGACCCCCGAGUGCGCCGGGCCACACAGGCCACCGGGCCCCUCCAGAAUAAUGAGCUGCCUGGGCUGGAUGAGAGGCCAGAACAUGCCCCCCACGCCCAGCACUACCACAAGCACGAGCUGUGGCCCAGCCCCUUCCGUGCGCUGAAGCCACGGCCAGGCCGCAAGGACCGCAGGAAGAAGGGCCAGGAUGUGUUCAUGGCCUCCUCACAGGUGCUGGACUUCGACGAGAAGACGAUGCAGAAAGCCCGGAAGAAGCAAUGGGAUGAGCCACGGGUCUGUUCCCGGAGGUAUCUGAAGGUGGACUUCGCGGACAUAGGGUGGAAUGAAUGGAUCAUCUCACCCAAGUCUUUCGACGCCUACUACUGCUCAGGAGCCUGCGAGUUCCCCAUGCCCAAGAUGGUCCGCCCAUCCAACCACGCCACCAUCCAGAGCAUCGUCAGGGCUGUGGGCAUCGUCCCGGGCAUCCCAGAGCCGUGCUGUGUUCCCGACAAGAUGAGCUCUCUUGGGGUCCUUUUCCUGGAUGAGAACCGGAAUGUGGUUCUGAAGGUGUACCCCAACAUGUCUGUGGAGACCUGUGCCUGCCGGUAAGACCAGCUGCUCUGGAGUGGAAGGAGCCUGCCCUGCUCACACACAGCAGCAUAAUAUCCUGGGAACCUUCUGGAGUGAGCACUUGACUCAGGGUGCAGCUGCAAAAGUAGGGCAGAGCCCGCAGACAACCAUCUGUCGCCCCAGGGCAUCGUUCUGGGGUCUUUCAUUGCUGGUGAUUCAGCCUCCUCAGUGCCAGUUCGAAUCCUUUAAAGGGAUCUGGGAAUUAAACCUGACCUGAUGGUUGCUCACAGCCCAUCCCCUCUGCUCUGAGAGCCUGAAAACCAGAUAUGUUCAUAUGUUGGGUCUUGUGACCGUCAUCUCAUAACCUGGAAAGAAGACUACAAACUUGAAGGGGCUCACUCCCUUCAUAUGGAAAGAACCUCUGUUUAAAUAAUCAGUUUAAAACACUUUGGGCCACAGAGUGAUGCUGGAAAAUAGAUAUGGAAUAUGAUAUAAAUGGAUGUUUUCUCUCAAAAUCCACUGCAGAUGCUUUUAUACAUACAGUAUGCACAUAUAACCAAUUUUGGUUUCUUUUUCUUAAUAUAUAUUUUAUUUUAAAACAAAAAGGAGGGAGUUGACACUGUUCCCCCACAGAGGUAGUCAUGCUGGUUGCGUGUGCAUUGUUUAAACAUGCUUAUUGAAAUAACCUAUGCAGCAAUAUGUUGGAAUACUAAAACAUAACCAAGAUUUUAUAUUUUUGUAAAUUAUACUUUCUAUACUGUAGAUUGUGUAUGGUAUGUGUUUUUAUGGAAAGCUAAUAAA